AUGGAAGUGGAAGAGGAAACCGAAGAACAGAGUGAACUUGAAGAAGAAAGUGAAGAACUGAGUGACGCUGAAGAGGAAAGUGAAGAACUGCAUGAAAAAUCUUCUAAAAAGAAUGUGUCACAAAAAAGAACUCAGAGAACUGGAGCUAGAAAGUCGUGCACCUGCGGUCAGUGUGGAAGGAGUUUCACAUGUAAGGGAAGCCUGAAGGAUCACAUGAGAAUUCACACUGGAGAGAGACCUUUCACAUGCAAGUACUGUGGAAAUGGGUUUAAACAAAGAGCAAGCCUUACAGAACACAUAAGAAUCCACACUGGAGAGAAGCCGUUCAAGUGCAAUCAGUGUGAGAGGAGUUUUCGACAAAAAGGAGGCCUUACAGGUCACAUGAGAGUUCACACUCAAGAGAAGCCUUUUACAUGCCAGCAGUGCGGGAAAACUUUUGCAAUCAGCGGAAACUUUCAGACUCACUUAAAAACUCACUCUAAUCAGAAGGCAUUCAUCUGUCCUCAGUGUGGGAAAGGUUUUAAUUUGCUAGAAAGCCUGAAAAAGCAUGAGCUCGUUCACAGUGAAGUGAAGCCGUAUCACUGCGCUCCAUGCGGGAGAAGUUUCAGCCAAAUGACCGAACUUAAAAGACAUUUAAAGUCCUUCAUGCAUAAUAAAUACCUGCCGCUAGAGAAAUUCAUGCUUCAGAGUGGCUCCUCAGCUCAUGGCUUGCCCUCAGGAGUGAAUAUGUCAUUCACUAAAACACACCUCCUGCAGUGAAAUUUUUGAUAAAGCCUGUAGAAGGGGGAUGAAUGUAUUAAACACAUAAUUAAAACAUGUCUAUUGCAGUAAACGGAUGGUUUAAAAU